AUGGCCUUCAGGAGGCAAGUGAAAAACUUCAUGAAAAAUUACUCAGAUGCUGAAAUAAAAGUCAGGGAAGCAACCUCUAAUGACCCAUGGGGUCCCUCUAGCUCUCUGAUGUUAGAUAUCAGUGACUUGACUUUCAACACAACUUCUCUCUCAGAGAUUAUGAAUAUGCUAUGGCAGAGACUCAAUGACCAUGGGAAAAACUGGCGCCAUGUGUAUAAAUCCCUUACACUGAUGGAUUAUCUCAUCAAGAAUGGAUCAAAGAAAGUCAUUCAUCAUUGCAGAGAGGGCUUCCAUAAUCUUCAGACACUAAAAGAUUUUCAACACAUAGAUGAAGGUGGAAAAGACCAAGGUUACUAUAUCCGGGAAAAGUCUAAGCAAGUCAUAACAUUGCUGAUGGAUGAAAAGUUGCUGUAUAAAGAGAGGGAAGUGGCAUGUCGGACUAGAUGGCGUACCUCCUACUCUGUGACAUUUCCUAAAAGAUUACCUGGUACAGGUAACUCACCAACAGCAUGUGCUUCUGUCCCUGCACCAGAAAUUCCUGCCUCAGAGAAGCAGCAAAAACUUCUUAAGUUUGCAAGGCUACGUCACAAAAAAAACACUUCCAAGGCAGGAUUGAAACAUGAACAGUGUCCAGACAUUCAGUUGUUUACUGGAACUGUGUUGUCCCAGGAAACACUACCACUCAAGAUUAAUGCUUGGAAAUCGACAGAGGACCUGAUGCUGUUCUCUGAUGAUGAUCCAAAGCCACUUUUACCAGAGGUACCUCCUCCCAUUUCCGCUUCAACUACAUGGGUGUCAGAAGGGGAAGCAGAAGUUUGUAAUCCUUCGGAGGCAGGUAAAUUGGUUAGAGAAACAUGA